CUUUCUCCCAGAAUAUAAUGAUUUGCGACAUUAGUGUAAUGUUUCACGCAAUUUCUUUGUCAGAAAUAUCUGAGAUAAAGCCCGCUACUCAAAGUACCAUUUUAUCGUUUAACAAUGUUUCUAACCUUUUUCUUACUGCUCCGGCCGUUGGGAAAGUCAUUAUAAACUUUUCGUCAAUUUGAAUCCGUGAUUUUCUGUUAUUUUAACACGAAAUUGCUCAACCAACUACGCCUACCUGUUGAAGAUUUUCACCUGUUUGAUCAGCUGGUGUUCUUCUUCAGUCGUGUGACUAACAAGCUGACACAGAACAAGUGGCGAGUGACUUUAACAAUGUGCAAUAAAACAAAAUUGAACAAACUGUAGACGUUUAGAAAAAGAAUUGAAGCAAUUACUGCAAAAUGUCAUGUUAAAAAAGAAGUCAGGCGUUCAAAUUACCGGGAGAAAACAAUUAUGGCUUACCAAAUGUUUUAGGUGAGAGGCAUAAAUAAUGAAGAUAUUCACAGAAACUCGGAAAAAUCUCAGUCAUCCUUAUUUUUAGCGUAAAUGUACCUGGCCAAUGGAAAUACAGUAAAUAGAGUUUCAGAGUCCCGGCUUGCUAAACUUUCACACAAAACUAAAAAUUAUCGCGGUAAAAGUUGUAAUUGUCAACAGUUGGUUACCUGCAUGUGUAAGCUAUUGCGCUCGGUUUUGUAAACGUUUGUCAUGCUACAUAAAUUCGCAAUAUGGUUCAUUUUCAUCCGAAUUGUUGCAUUUCAAAUGAGAGCUGGAGCUUCCAAAUACGAAGAAUUCAAAAUUAAUUGGUGUCGCCAGCGAAAAUGGCGACUGGAUUGGGAACGUCUGCAGAAACCUUGUCAGAACCUUAAUUAUAGAAGACACGAUGGACAACAAUAUCAAAGGUUGAAAACGUCUCCUGAACACAGUGAAAUAUUUGAUUUACAAAUCCGGCCCGCAGGGGAAUAUAGUCGGUUUUUCGUCCAGUCCCGCACGCAUACUGCUCAGCGGAAGACAUUCGGAGGGGACUCGUGGAGAGUGUACAUUGAAGGGCCCUCACACCUUGCAGGGACCGUGUUUGAUCACAAUAAUGGAGUAUACGAGGUUUUGUUUCUUAUCAUGGAGCCUGGAGAGUAUAAAAUCAAAAUGAUUCUGGAUUAUACAUUGUGUGAUGGAUUAAUUGAUCCUCCAAUGGACUGGUUUAAAAAUGCUCACUGCUCGGGAAAGUUACACAAUGUAUCCCUUGGCAAGAAUCUCUUCUCAGAAAUGACUGGAUAUAUCAACAAACCUCUGUUGUCUGCUAAAACCAAAAAACUUACCAUCCCAUGGCAACGCCUCACAACCAUAGAGAUUCAGAAAAACAUGCGCCAAGCAGACAGAGAGUGUGAUAUUCAGUGUAACCUGGUGUGGGAUGGCUUUGGUAGAUGGGUGACUGGUUACAAAUGGCUACCGUACAUGAAUUUUACAGGAGAAGAUUUCUCAUCUCUGCAAAACAAAUAUAAACGCCAACACGAUCAUGCGGUUGGUAAAGGCGUAUUCUGGGUCUAUGGUGAUUCGCUGAGCUAUUACUUCUACGAAUCACUCAAUUUUCCCAUGUCGCAAAGCUUGUGCUUUAAAAUAUUUGAGAAAUGCAAUAACACGUAUAACUGGAUAUACCCAAAGACACUUUACGAAUUGACAGAAACAUGCGCUGAGGUCAACUUGCAAGUUCCCAGAGUUUUAGGCUUUUUCCGUCAAGUGCUCCUCAGGAAAGAUAUGGACAAAGACAGCGCACUGUUGUUAAAUGCUGGAGCUCACUAUGUCAAGACGACAAGUUUCAAAAGUUAUAAAGAGGUAAUCACAGCACUGAUAACCGAAAUGAAGAGACUGUACAAGGGCAAAGCUAUCUGGAAAUCGACCACAGCGAUCGAUGCUCAAUCCGCUGACAUUAUGGGCGCCUUCCGCAGAUUUACGACAAAUCACAGGAUCCAAUUGUACAAUGCGUUUGCCAACUCAGCCAUGUGUGCAAGUGGUAUAAGUGUUCUUGAUGUAUAUCCUAUUAGCGCCUCAUAUCCACCAGGAACGAUGGAUGGGAUACAUUACGACAGUGAAACAUUUUAUCCGGUCAUAGAGCAAUUGGAAAAAUACUUCUCGUUGUCUCAGUUAACAUGACCGUGAAGAGUCUAUGUAAACUUAUUCAUACCCUCUCUUGAAGUUUCAUUUCCAAUUAUCAAAAUAUCUGGGUAAUUUAGUAUUAUCAACUGAGUUGUUAACGUAAAUUGGUCAUCGUAAAAAAUUUAAAAGCUGACGUUUCGAGUGUUAACCCUUCGUCAGAACGAUUAACGAAGGGCUAACGCC